UCAGGCGGCGGGACGUUCCUCUCUCUACAUCUGUCUGCACGCUGCUAUACAUUAUCACUACUAUCCAGUCAGCAGAGCUCCUAUCAGUCAUGUCUGUCACUGAGAUGUUCACUUACAUCCAGGGCUUCCUGAGCGCUGACCAGGACGUCAGAGAGGAUAUCCGGAAGGUGGUGCAGGUGUUGGAGCAGACUGCCAGAGAAAUACUGACUGUUCUCCAAAGUGUUCACCAACCAUCUGGAUUCAAAGAAAUUCCCAGUAAAUGUACGAAGGCACGGGAGUUGUUCUGCACAGUCAGGACACAUAUCGCAGACCUCAAAACCAAAUUUCCUGUGGAGCAGUAUUACAGGUUUCAUGAACACUGGCGGUUUGUCCUGCAGCGUUUGGCUUUCUUGGCAGCUUUUGUCGUCUACCUGGAGACUGAAACUCUGGUGACUCGAGAGGAGGUGGCCAAGAUACUGGACAUCCAGGUGGUGCGAGAGAAAGGCUUUCACCUGGAUGUGGAGGACUACCUGGCAGGUGUGCUGAUCAUGGCUAGUGAACUGUCACGGCUAGCAGUGAACAGCGUGACAGCAGGAGACUACACCCGGCCGCUGCGCAUCUCCAACUUCAUCAACGAGCUGGACUCUGGCUUCCGGCUGCUCAACCUGAAGAACGACCCGCUGCGGAAACGCUACGACGGCCUCAAGUACGACGUGAAGAAGAUCGAGGAGGUGGUGUACGACCUCUCCAUCCGCGGCUUGGCCAAGGAGGGCGAGGCGGGCGGGGACAAGUAGAGCUCCGGAGGGAAGGCGAUCGGCCAACGGGAGACGGAGGAGGGGACCGCUGCACGGCUGCUGCAGAUCGGAGACCUUACCCCACCUGGAAGGCGAGACCCAGGGAUCUGCCUAAGAGGCCCCUGCAGCCUAGGACAGACUGUGUGUGUGUGUGUGUGUGUGUGUGUGUGUGUGUGUG